AAUGUGAGAAAAGAUGAGCUAAGUGACAUGCUAGUUCAUUCUUUCCAUGUCUCUGGCGCUGACCCUGCGAUAUGGGUCAUUUGAUGCAUGAAGGAGUGAGAAGUUGCAUGUGCGAGAAGUUUGGCUGCCUCUCCUGAGUCACUUGGACUGAUCUUAGAUGUGCACAGGACUGCAUUUUCUUAAUUAAGUAGACUUCUUUUCAUAUCUCUGGGAAAGGCUUGAUUGGAGAAGUAUGCAGCAGCCGGUAGUCUCCUGCAGGAUGCCAGCAGAGGAAAUCGAGAGUGUGUCUCUUCCUGUGGGUUGGAAAAGCUACAUAUCACCUGAGGGACGGAAAUACUAUGUCAACACAAGCACUAAAGAGACAACGUGGGAACGGCCAAGCACAUCCACCACCAUCCCCAAGGCUUCUGGGUUUCACCAACACUCAGUAAAUGGACGUCAGCUUCAUGGAGCCUCUGGACAUGUGCUCGAGCAUCCAGAUGUGUACCUGAGGAAGACCAGCCUCAGCAACCAGAGCCCAGGGUCCACCUCUCCGGCCAGGAGGCAGAAUAAGGAGAAGGAGAUCAAGGAGACCAAAAUCACUAUCAACUGCGUCACCUUCCCUGUGUCCAUGUCUGCGCCGGAGCAGCAGCUUCUCAAGCCCAGCGAAUGGAGCUACUGCGACUAUUUCUGGGCCGAUAAGCGGGACCCUCAGGGGGCCUCAGUGUCGGGGUUUGAGGUGCUGCUGCAGAAACAGCUGAAGGGGAAGCAGAUGCAGAAAGAGAUGGCAGAGUUCAUCAGAGAAAGGAUAAAAAUAGAAGAGGAGUAUGCCAAGAACCUUUCCAAACUCUCCAUGUUCCCAAUGGCAGCACAAGAGGAAGGGACUCUUGGAGAAGCUUGGGCUCAAUUGAAGAAGAGUCUAGCUGAUGAAGCCGAGGUCCAUCUCAAGUUCUCCUCAAAGCUCCAGAGUGAAGUCGAGAAGCCUUUGCUGACCUUCAGAGGAGACAACUUUAAAAAAGACAUGAAGAAAUACGACCACCACAUCGCUGACCUGAGGAAGCAGCUGGUCAGCCGUUACGCUGCUGUGGAGAAGGCACGGAAGGCUCUAGCGGACAGACAGAAGGAUCUCGAAGUGAAAACACAGCAGCUUGAGAUCAAAUUGAGCAACAAAACAGAGGAGGAUAUUAAGAAAGCCCGAAGGAAAUCCACACAAGCAGGUGAUGAUCUGAUGCGCUGUGUGGACCUUUACAAUCAGGGUCAGUCAAAGUGGUUUGAGGAGAUGGUCACCACAAGCCUGGAGUUGGAGAGGUUGGAGGUGGAGCGGGUGGAGACGAUACAGCAGCUUCUGCGUCAGUACACCACACUGCGGCAUGAGACGGACAUGUUCAACCAAAGUACGAUGGAGCCGGUGGACCAGCUCCUGCAGAGUGUGGAUCCUGCCAAAGACCGAGAGCUCUGGGUGAAGGAACACAAGACGGGGGAUCUGAGACCUGUGGACAUGGACAUCUAGACAAAACACACAAACGCACACACGCAUUAUACAGUAUAUGAAUCUACCUGCAUGCCUGUCUACCUGAGUACUUCAACCUCUCAGCCAAAGCCAUACAGGUAUCACCCCUUGAAGCACUGCUUGCUUUGUGGAUCUCCACUGAAAAUAUUAGAUAAUUACAACCUCAUAGCUUUAUAGGAGAUUUUUUUUUUUUUUAAUGUCAUGUGGAACCAGUGGCGGGAACGGACAGCAGCACAGCAGGCGCGUUAUGAUACCGAGUAGCCAUCCAUAUAAUCCUCCAUGUCCUCUGAAUAAGAUGCUACUUAAGACUUCCUGGUAUGUCUGUUAUUCAUGACAUACCAUUCACUGAUAUAGAUCUGGACGAACACUGUACAGUAAAACAGCUCUUUGUUUAUUUCCCAUUAAACAAAUGUCAUCCAAUCAAAUUCUUUUGAUCGUUUUAGUGUUGAAAUAGUGUAUGCACAUUGAACUACACAGCUAUUAGAUAUUUACAGUUGCCUGGACUAAGGUGUAAACCAACGGCAUGCCACAUGGGUGUUCAAACACCUAAAAAAUGAUUAAUCCUUAACAGAAAUGUCCAGCAUCAGAGUUACAGGGGGUUGAAAUAGGUUAAAGCAUAUCAUUGUUUGGUAUUGUUAAAUCGGUGUUGUAUUUAAAAAAAAAGCAAAGGAAUGCAGUGGAAAGUUUUUAAUGCUAUUUUACACAAACUCCACAUAAACCGCUGGCGAAUCAACGGCAUUUCCUUAUGAGCGAGGGGGUCAGGUUGCAUCGUUUAGGUAUGGAAUCGCUAUAUUUUCAUACUUUUGCAGAUUUAUUUUACAGAAAAGCAUGUUUUGUCUAAAUGUAGGACUAGUUGUGUUUGGUUAAUGGACGUGUUAGUUGAGUGGUGCUGGUUAGUCCAUUGCUUGUGUUCAUGGAGGACGUGUCAACUAGCCAGGACUCGAUAGCAAAGUCAUAUAAUUUUUCCCAGUCGAAGCCAAGAAAUCCCCUUAUGCAGCCAGGUUUACUCUACUGGCGUCUAAAUUUCUUCUGUAGGUUGCCCUGAAGCAGUUUAUCGACUGUUUCUCAAUGGUGAAAUUAUAUGGUUCGGCUGUAGACUCCGGGUGUCAAUCAAAGGUGGAAUUUAUUGAUUUGUGUUGUAAUGUACACCUUUUAGUGCCUAAAGGUUAAUUGCCUUGGAAUGUUCACAAUCUAAUGUGUUAAGUGUUUGUACAUAAUUGUAAAUAUAUGCGUGGCGUUUUGUUGUCCGUAUUUGUUGUCAGGCUCGUCCUACAUCAUGCUCAUCUCUCUGUAGUCUUCGUCGUAUACUGUUUUAAAAGAUAAGUAAACAUCUGAUUGAUUGAUGCCACAGUUUUCUGCUGGAUGCACAUUGUCAUAGGCAGCUAGUUACAACACUGUUUGAGCCGAAACAGCUAUACUGGAAGAUAGAUGAAACCUUGCCGUUUUCAAAACUUUAUACAGUGAUAUUGAGACAUUUGAUACAUUUAUAUGGCACAGGAAGUCAGAGCACACUUAAAAAAAAAGAAAAAAACCUGCCAGAUUUGUAUUUAUUUUUACUAUCAGUCAGUAUGGGAAGAAAAACAGUGGUUUGGGUUUGAUAAAAAUGUUGCCCUAUAAAAACAAGCACACCAGAAAUCCGGUGCAUGAUUUGGAUCACACGUGCUCAGCUGAAAACAUUGUCAAAUGCACAUUAGCAUGUCCAAACAUGUGAAAGUAAAUCUAAAAUUUAUAAGGAAAAAUGCUGUACCAUGAAAGGUAAUGCAUUCAGGUUAUUAUUUACUUUAUUAUUUGGAAGUUACUAGCAAACGCUCUCUUUUCACCUUAUAUGGGUAUGACUGGUUUACAUUUGCUGUUUAGCAUGUAACAAGUUUUACUGUACUGCAUUGCCCAAGCUAUUCUAGAACUACAUGUUGCAGAACUUGUAUUAAAUCUUGAUGUCAAUGGUGUGCAUUCUGUGUAUUCUGAAGAACCGUUCAGUUGAAUGUCUGUGUUCCGAACUGGAUCUUUUAUAUAUAUGCAUAUAUAUAAUAUUGUAAAUGUUGAUUUAUUUGCUCUCAACUUAAUAGUUUUCAUUGAUAAUAUUCAUUUAUCAACAUGUUUAUGAAGAUAUGAUGUUUGUUGAAUUUGCCCAGGAAAUGACUACAUUGUGUAUAAUAAUAAUAAUAAUAAAAAAGAACUCUAAUUGUU